AUGCGAGAAGAAGCAACAACGAGUCACAAAAGGAUGGGUCCUGGACCUCUUGAUGCACCAGAGCCGCGGAACGUUCUACUCUGUCCAAAAUUGAUCUUGUACCUUACAACUUCCGGAGGGCCCUUUGAUACCAUGGACACGACCACAUCCCCAAACGACUCGGUUCACCACGCCAUCAGAGAUACGCACAUGUUUGGCUUGUCGAAGGGCUGA